AUGAGUCCUUCUCAGAGAAAUGUUGUUAUGCCUUUGCUAGUAAUUCUUUUACUGACAACAAGUUCUGUGGGUGGUGCUUUCAACUUUCCUAAGCAUACAGCCGUCAGAAUCACCAACUUGUUAGAAAACAACGUGGACUUGACGGUGCACUGUAAAUCAAAUGACAACGACCUCGGGGAGCACACAAUUCGUCCAAGGGAAGAGUAUGAGUUUGAUUUUAAAACGAAUAUUUUUGGAACCACACUCUUCUUCUGCGGGUUUAAAUGGUCGAAUGAAUUUCAUUGGUUCGAUGUUUUCAGAACUGGCAGGGAUGAUUGCAGCAGUUGCUUUUGGUCUAUAAUUGAAGCUGGCCCUUGCUUGUAUGGUGUUGAUGGUAUCUGCUAUCAGUGGAACAAGCAUUAG